AUGGGUUUCCCUUUACGCUUCUUAUCAUCACUGUCGUUGUGCCUCUUGGCCCUCCUCCUCCACCGGGCCACGGUGACAAGUGGGUGUUUCAGCUUGGAGAGGGAGGCACUGUUGGACUUCAAAGCCGGCAUCCACGACACCUAUAACCGGCUAUCUUCUUGGGUAGGCCAAGACUGCUGCGCAUGGGAGGGGGUCAUCUGUGGUGCCACCACUGGCCACGUCGUCAUGCUCGACCUCCGGAAUACGUUUGAUCGGGCAUUACGCGGUGAGAGGAUGAUGAACUCGUCAUUGCUUGCUUUAUCUCAUUUGAAGCACUUGGAUCUUAGCGUCAAUGAUUUCAGGAGAAUCCGCAUACCGGAAUUCAUCGGCUCCUUCAAGAAACUGAGAUACCUCAAUCUAUCUUUUACAUAUUUCAUGGGAGGAAUACCUGCUCGGCUGGGGAACCUUUCGAGACUCUACGUUCUGGAUCUAAAAGAUGCUUUAGAUUUUGCAUCCCAUGUUGACAACCUCGACUGGCUCUCCCAUCUCAGGUCCUUGAAGUACCUGAACUUGAGCGGGUUAAACCUAACUGAUGUCCCGGGUUGGUUCUCAUCGGUGAACAUGCUGCCAUCCCUCCAAGUGUCAAGUAUGUCUUCCGUCGGUCUCAAGACCAUCCCAGCUUCUGUUGUGCACGUCAACUUCACCUCCUCUCUUACCGUCCUUGAUCUCUCCUAUAAUAAUUUCAACUCCACCUUACCCAAAUGGUUGUGGAAUAUUUCUAGUCUUACCCAUCUUCAUCUCUAUAAUUCUGGAUUCUAUGGCGUUAUUCCCGAUGCAAUUGGAAACUUAGGCAGACUGAAAGAAUUACAUAUGCCAGGCAACCAAUUGACAGGAAAUUUGAGCGAUCUGCCAGAGCAAAUGACGAAUCUCAUCAUUUUGGAUCUCCGAUCUAAUUUAUUCAACGGUUCCGUGCCUUCCUCCAUUGGUAAGUUAUCUAAUCUUACUGAAUUAUAUCCCGGUGGAAAUUCUCUUGAAGGUGUUAUUUCAGAAGUUCAUUUUGAGAAUCUUACAAGAUUACAAGUAUUAGACUUGUAUGGCAACUCCAUCACCAUAUCAAUUGGCCAGAGUUGGGUCUCCCCUUACCAACUCAGAUUAGUAGAUUUAACCAAUUGUCAGUUGGGACCUCAAUUUCCAGAAUGGUUGCAAUUUCAAACACAGAUCGAAGAAUUAUAUUUGGCAGACUGUAAAAUUGCAGGGACAAUGCCAGCUUGGUUUUGGAAUAUUUCAUCUCCUACCAUCACAUAUUUAGACCUUUCCAACAACCAAAUAGGAGGCAAGCUGCCAUCUUCUUUGAAGUUCACCAAGUUGGAAAGAUUACAUUUGGAAUCCAACAGAUUUGAAGGUCCAUUGCCAAUUAUGCUACCGUCUACACUUCAAACUCUAUACCUCUCCAAUAAUUCCUUUACAGGGCAAUUGCCGAUAUGGCCCCAUGUUAGAUUUGUGUCAAUCUCAGAUAACAUGCUUGACGGUGGCUUAUCUUCAUCAAUCUGCCAAUGGACAUAUCUCGAAUACCUUGACCUUUCGAACAACAAAUUACUUGGUGAGAUCCCUUAUGGAUAA